AUGCUGCUCGCCAUUCGAGGGUCUCCUCUCGCUGCCCGGUCGGCACCAAGCUCAAGAGGCCCUGGCAGGGCCGCCAGGCCAGCGCGAGGAUGCGCUCUGCGGCCGCUGGCCUGUGCUCGCCGCUCACACGCCCCCUGCGCGCCGGGCCCGUACACCGCCACCGGCCCUCACAGAGCCGUCCGGCCUUCGCCCGGACGCUGGGCCGCCGCCCGGGCACCGCGCCGCGCCCGCCCUCCACCCGGCCACCUCCUGUCCUCCCCGCCGCCCCCUUUCUUACCGGCAGGCUUGGCUGGGCGGAGGAAGCCGACUCGGGUCGACGGCCUCCCCCGCGCCCAGGAUCUCCGCCGCCGAGUCCUAGGGCUCCGGGCGUCUUGGGGUAAGCAAGAGUCCGUGCGAGGGAGGGGGAAGGGGAAAGACGCGGAGGGGAAGGGGAAGCCCCUGCCCGCGGCACCAACGCGCAAUCCCCUGCGAAGUGGAUCCAACAAUCAAUUCAUUAUUGAAGCACCAAGGGCGAGCGCAGCAAGAACUAGAAGUAACGAGUCGUCGCCGCCGCCGCCACCGUCGUCGCGCGCGCGCUCCCGCUCCCGCCGCUUAUCUGCCCCCGGCAGCCGCCAUGACGCCGAGAGAGCGAGCGAGCGCAACCGUCUUCGUCGUAGCCGCCGCCGCCACCGAGGUCGCCGUCGCCUCCGCCUCCCGCGCGACGUAAGCGCCUGUGCUCACUCCCCUUCCUGACCGAGCGCGAGAAGGGCGAGCGGGCGCGCGCGCGCACGCCAAACCCUUUCCUCUCGCGCGCGGGCGGAGGGAGGACGUUGAAGAGUCGUGGGCCUAGGAAAAAAGCGAUUGGUGCUGGGGCGGGCAAAGGGCAAGUGCGCGCACGCGCACGGAUGGGAGUGCGCACGCAGACUGCGCGGAGGGCGCCGGACUCUGGCUGCGGCUGUAGUUUGCUGAUCCUCGCUUGGGUACCCGCCCUUAGAGGCCCGGCGUUGAAUUCCGGGAAGUGGGAGCUGCAGGCUCGCUCCGUGCGGGUAUGGGCGCUAAUGUGACUCGGGAUGGUUGCGCAAGGACGUCGCCGCGGAGAAUGACAAGGAACCGGGGAGGAACGGGGGUGGGGAGAGACAGCAAUGGGACUUGGGAAGCCGCUGAAGGGCAGCACUGAAUAAGCCUAAAGGGCCCGGUCGCGCGAAGGGUCGGUGGCGCAGGCCUCGGCUGCGUCGGAUCGCCAGGCCGCAGGGCCUGGGCGGGGGCUGCUGCGUCACACAGGGCAACCUGGGAACGCCAAUUGUUGGCAACCGUGGUGGCCUCUCGCCACCUCUUAGGUCUGAGCGAUCUGCGACUGAUGCUCCCUCGAAGCUGAUGUCUCGCACGGGCGGGGCGCCUGAGGAGGAGAGAAAAUAGAGACCCGGUUGUUGACAGCCGGCUAGGCUGCUUCAUUCAUGUGUGGGUAGCCUAGUUUAGAAAUGUACUACCCUUUCUUUCUAGGUUCCUCCCCAGAGGGCGGGGUGAAGGGUGCUGCGCUGAAUCGCAACAAAAAACGCUUCUCGAGGGAUGUUAGUAACUGUCUCAGCUUAAUUUCGUGCCUUUUAGUUGACAGUUUCUAUCGUAACUGUAACUGUGGGCCUUAGUUAAAUACCUUCAAUGUGUUGGAUGGUAGUGUACUCACUUUACCCGGUUUUUUGAAAACAUUGUUUUUUAAAUCAAAAUUGUUUCACUUCGUUUUUUUCAGUCUGCAGAUCGACUUGACUCGCUCGAGGUUAAUGAUUUUUGUUUUUUUCUAUUUAUAGAGGCAGGGUUUUGCCGUGUUACUAGGUUGGUCUCAAACUCCUGAGCUCAAGCGAUCCACCUGCCUCUGUCUGCCAAAGUGCUGGAAUUACAGGUGUGAGCCACAGCACACAGCGGAGGUUAAUAAUUUUUAAAAGCUUCUAAUCCCAUUGUUAAGUUAAUGGAUUUGGUGUAAAGGCCCACUUUCUAACUCACAUGAGUUUGAUUGCAGUAAGUGCAUUCCCCAAAUAAUUAUUUUUCCUUUGUGGGAAAUAUUCCAGAAUUUUAGACUACCAGCUUGUUUAAACAGUUUGGUUUAAAGCCUUCAAAGAAAUGUCAAAACAUAACUCCACAUACGUAUUUACUACAUAUUGAAGGCUAUAUUUACCUGGAGGAGUAGGUGAAAGCAAACAGAUGCCCAUGGCCUUUUUGAAAACAUCUAUGAGCAAUAAUUGAAUAGCAAAACUACAUGGAACGCUGCCAUUCUUUGCAAUAUUAAAUAGCUUUAAUUCUGAGUUGUGAGGAAUAAUAAGAUCAUACAAAUCUUCAUUUCUGAAGUCCCUAAAGUUAUGAACUGAGUGCUAAUUUUUCAUAUUAAGCUUUAUGUAAAUAUCCUUAAUGAUAGGAACUUUCUAUGCCUCUAAUUUAUCCAGAGAAACUAACCAUUAACAUAUAACGACUGUUGUAAUCAGAAGUAUAGUUAAGUUAAUAAAGUCCUCAGUUACAAUUCUGA